AUCAUUAAGGACAGAGUGUUCUCCCACGUCUCGAGGAACAAGUACAUGUGGAACUCCCAGCCGGGCGGUCUCCUGGUGCUGCCUGAGUACUCCACCCACCUGGCCCACUUCCCCUUCUUCUUCCUCAGCCUGGGAGUCAGCCCGGGUCAUGAGUUCACUGCCGUCAUCCAGGCUGUCUCCCCAUUGGUCAGCCAGUCUCAGCCAAUCAUGAAGCUGCUGCAGGUGGUCUCCAGGUCAAAGUACUGCUCCCAGAUCAUCAUCCUGUGGAACAGCGAGAAGCCGCCGCCCCCUCGCAGCAAGUGGCCCCCCAUGCCCGUCCCCCUCACCGUGACGGACGGCCACAGGAAGACGACAAGCCGGUUCUUACCUCACGUUUCCAUAGAGACAGAGGCGGUGCUGAGUUUGGACGAGGAUACGGUCCUGAUGACCAGUGAGGUCAACUUUGCUUUCCUGGUGUGGCGGAGCUUCCCCGACCGGAUCGUGGGGUACCCCCCCCGGAGCCACUUCUGGGACCCCCUAAAGAAGGCCUGGGGGUACACCUCCAAGUGGACCAAUGAGUACUCCAUCGUGCUCACCGGGGCCGCCUUCUACCACAGGUACUACCACUACCUGUUCACGCACUACCUGCCCCCCUCCCUCCGCACGCUGGUUGACACCACCUCCAACUGCGAGGACAUCCUCAUGAACUUCCUGGUCUCCUCGGUAACGCACCUGCCGCCAAUCAAGGUGGCCCAGAGGAAGCAGUACAAAGAGCUGCCCAGCCCCCAGGGUACUAAGGCCGGCCCCUGGGUCAACCCCGAGCACUUUAACCAGCGGCAGGAGUGCGUCAACGCCUUUGCCAGCUGGUUUGGUUACAUGCCGCUGGUCCACUCCCAGUUCCGCCUGGACCCGGUUCUCUUCAAGGACCAGGUGUCCGUCCUCCGCAAGAAGUACAAGGACCUGGAGAGGGCCUGAAAAGGGCGGGAAAGAUGGCGGGGGAAAAACGCGAUCCCAACUGAUUUUGUUGUUUGUUGUUCAAAAUGUCCGCCCGCCGGGCAAAAUGGACGUUUGGGUUCAAACGGAUGGGAUGCUGCUUUCUGAAGCGCCUCCCCCUUGUUAAGGACGGGGAGCGGGUAGGGAACAUAAAGCAAGGCUGAGCUGAUCGUGAGUUUGUUUUUCGGACCGCGGGUGAAGUACAAUCAACGGAAUAUCGGACGGAAUCGAACGCAGCAGCACCAAGGCCAGGAAGAGGCGGAGCAAUGGUUAAGAAACUGUCGUGGUCACAGUGACGUGGCGCUCCGUGGCAACGGCGCAACCGCACCCAUGAGCUGGGAGCGCUAGCUCAUCUCGGGGAACAGGGAAAUCCCAGGGCCCUGAUUGGUCCUUGGUGAAAUCCGAGGGCCACGAUUGGUCUUCGGGGGAUUUCGAGGGCGAUGAUUUGUCCUCGUUGAAAUCUGAGGGCCGUGAUUGGUCCUGGGUGAAAUCCGAGGGACGUGAUUGGUCCUCAUGUGUGGCGCAUGGCUCUCAACGCUGGUGUGACGGAAAGCGCCCCGAUUCACACCUCUAUGCUAACUGUAAAAACAAAGACUAAUAAUAAACUAUUUCUAAAUGCAAAUGAAA